AGUUAACAAGUAAACUCACAUGCAAUGACUUCCGCCUUCUGGGGACCAUAAAAAAACUUGCAAAAUUUCCAAAAUUUCUCACUUCUGUUUUUUUUUUUUCUACACAAUGUAAAGCGUAGUAAUGGCGUUGCAGUGUUUCAUCCUCCUGCUUAUUUUUCUUAGUAAAUGCCUUGGACAUACUGAAUUGAUUUAUACAGCAAAGGAAGAAGUAAAAUUGUUUUGCAGAACCAACACAUGGCAAAUAAGCACAGAGUCUAACAACAGCAUUGAUGUGAAUUGCACAGUGGAGUGUGUUCAUGGUGAACCACUCAAACUUAAUAAUAACCUGAAGUCCUGCUCAAAUAAACAUUCAGACAAAGUUGGUGAAAAAUGUCCGCUAAUAGCAAGCAGUGGAUUUUUUCGAUGUGUUACUGCUCUGGAUUCUGGUUUCUUGUUUCCAUUCAAACCGUCUCCCAACACUGUCACCUCAUACAUAGUCGCUACUGCAAAUGAAGAAAUGACAACCAAGUCUGAGGAAAGAUCUUCAGUCGAGCUAACUGUAGGUGAAGAAAUACUUUUAAACUGCAGUGUCAUCUUUACAGAAGAAUAUAACAGCAGGGAUUUUGUCGUGUACUGGAUCAAGACCAUUGAAAAGAACAGUAACUGUGUGUAUUCUUAUGAUUUUGACACCGAUACUGCUAUAAAGUACAAUCACCACUGCAAUGUGCAAGAAGAACUGCUUUCCAGGAUCUCAAACCAAACUGAAGGACAGAACAGAAACAUCCAUAACAUCAGGAUCAGAAACGUAACAGAGUCAGAUGCUGGACAAUAUCUUUGUGCCUUACAAAUGCACACAAAUGAUAAAACAAAAGGAAUGUGGAAGAUCAUAAAUAAUAUUACAGUCAGUGUACAUAAAGACAAAGCAUCUGAAAUAGCUGCAAACAGCGCUGAUGACGAAUCUUAUGGAGACAAAAACAGUACUAAUUCCACGGCCUUAUAUGCUACAAUUCCCAUAUUACUGGCUCUUGCCCUAGUUACUGUGGGGUUUAUCUGGAAAAAGAUUAAAACCUCACCAGGAUCUCAGGCAGUAGAGCUACAAAGCAGAAACCAAAAUGGGGAUGAUACGGAAGACACUGCUGAUAUGGAAUGUUCUCCGUAUGCUGUGGGGAGUGGAGAAGAGGAGAUUAAGUUCAGAUCCAAGCAGGAUACUUUAAAGCAGGAAGCCCAAGAAAAGUCCACAGACAUCUAUUCAGUUGUGAAGGAGAAUGACUUGUAUGAACCCGGGGCGUGAGAGGACACUGUAACAUUUAUGCCAAAAAGGAUUUUUGAAGGUAUUUACAUACAUGUGACUUUUUUCUUUACUGGCCUAAAACUGAACACAUUUUACUGAAGUGAAAAUGGUUUUGAUGUUGAUAGCAUGUGUGGAUUACAGUUUAGCAAGCAAAAGUCAGUACAGAAGUUUUAGGCAUAAGAUCACUGUGAUCCACCAGAAUGAUCUUAUAAGUAUUCUUUCAUCUGGUGGUCUUCCAUCUUAUUUUAUAUAUAUAUAUACUAUAUCUUUCAUAUUUUAAGAUUUUUCUAGUGAUGUACUGUAUGCAUUGCCAUUGAUUUCUGGAUUGUCCACUGUUCCAGAAUUGUGCUGUUUUUUUGUUUUUUUUUACAUUAUGAGAACGUUUCACUCAUUUGAUUCUCAUCCCUCAGUGAUGUAAAUAUCAUUGCUGUGUGAUAUUUAUGUUUAUGAAUAAUAUAUGUAGAAUGUGUAUGUGUAUGUAUACUGUAUAUGUUGCUGUGGUCUGAAAGAGAAUUUCUGCAUUCCUCUUCUGUUAAUAAGCUAUAAAUGUAUAAUGUUAAUGUCUAUAAAAGCAAUAAAAUUAAUAUGGUGUUACAAUGAAUUGUGCGUAGACUACAAUGUGGUUCUUGUGUGAGAGUGAACGGGAUCUAAGAAAGGGGUCAUGCUUGUGGUGAAAAGUCACCACAAAACUGUUUUCUUGUUCCUGGAGUGUUACGUCCCGUAAUAUUGUGGGAGGUUUGUUUUUUUUCUAUCCCUUGUUUCGACCAUUACCACCUUUAGAUCCUGGGAUUGGACAACCGACCAGUCGAUCUUCCCUGUUAACAUGAUGACGACACCCACCUCUCUGAACCAAUCAGGGACCCUCAGUGUACUAUAAGGACGCGGAAAUGACGCAAGAGGAGGGCGCGUUUUUCCUGAUAGCUCUUGUUUGAUUGUCACGCUGUCCAUCCUUCCCGAGUUGUUGCAAUUGUGAUUUGUUAGCUUACUUUGAGUUAUUUCUGAUCGAUCCCUUACUUUACAUGUUGUAAUUACCUGCCUCUGACUUGACUCUGGCUGUUUGCCCGAUUAAGCUGUGAUUUGAUUCCCUUUCUCUCUUUAAGAGUUGGUGGUUGAAUUUAUCUCUUGACUCAUCGUGUUGAGACAAGGAUAGUAUGUCACGUGACCUACAUAAAGCAACAUGUAGAAUAUUGCUUGUAUAAAAACACUAGGAUAGGAGCGGGAGCUAAUGCUUGUAUUUAUGUUUUGUUAGUGAGCGUAGUUAGAUUCGUUUUGUUUUCUUUUUCUUUGUUUAGAAUAGUGUUGAUUUGGUUGGAGUUAGUAUGUGUUUUGUUUCAAUAAUUUCUUUGCUUUCAGCUCCGCUCACGUCUCACACGGUGGAGUUUUUUUUUUAUGUAUAUAAUUUGUAAAUAUCAUCUCCCUUACUCUUUGACGUUCUAUCAUCACUGUAAAUAUGCAAAGCAACCGAUUGUUUUGAUGGACACAAUUCCUCACUAAAGUUUUCCUGAUAAGCAUUUUCUGGUUUCUGUUUGAUUCAUUACUCCACACAUCUCAUUCCUUUAGUAACAGACAGCCUCCCCAAUUCUAAAAACAUCUUUAAUUCUUUUUUUUUAUUAAUUUAUUC